GGAUUUAUUUUAAAAUUAUAUGAUUUGUUGUGAUAAGAAAGAAAAGACGAGGAAUGGAAUAGAGGAGGGUUUAGCGAAAUCAAGAGCGGCCAUACAUGAGGCUGUGAGGUCGAAGAAAUAUGCAUCGGAGAAUGAAGAAACCUUUGUUCCUCAUGGAGCCGUUUACAGAAACGCUUAUGCAUUUCAUCAGUAAGUUUCAUUCCUUUCUGUCUCCGUUUCUUCUUUUCUUUCCUCUCUCAUUUUUUCCACUUUUAAAGUUCAUUCCCAACCAAAAGUUUUCAAAUAUAAUAUUAGGAAAUAAUUAAAAUAUAUUUUAAAAAAUAGAUUAUGAUUUAUUAUAUUUGGUACUUUAACAGUUUAAAUUUUAAAUAAUUGUCGUUUUACUCUUUUCAUUUAAUUUGUAGAUUUUCAAAUAAUAUGAAAUCAGGUGUGUUCACAAGUGUUCAAAACUAUUUCAUUUUGAAACAAUAACACCAAGAAUUUCCAUUUAAUUAGACACAUGUUUAGCUCCUUAAUUAGUUCUCAUUUGAACUUCAAAAGAUAAAUUCAAAGUGUUGGCGAAAAAAAAGAAGAUAGGUUCAAAAUUGACAUUGCAUUUGUAAACUGAAAAUAUGUAACAAAUCCAGUUUACAAAAAAAAUCAUUUUUCUUACCAAUUUGUUACCAAAAUAUUCAUAAAGGUUGAAUAUGUUCUAGAGGAAAACGUACAAAUUCGAUUUUCUUGGUGUAUUUAUUUACUCGUUUGCUUUGGGAAACGAAGCGAUUGGGUAUCAUUUGAAUUCAUCACCGUCGCUUAGAUCUCCACAUCUCGGUAGACUCGAGAUUGAUGUACAUAUAAGUAUCCAUACUAAUAGUAAUGGAGUAGAUCUUAUUUUGAAGUAAAUACGCUUGUUUUCUUUUGUGCACACAAGUACAGGUAAUGUAUACAAUAAAAACUAAAACUCCGAUUCGAAAAUGAAGGUUUCCCCAAAUCCAAAUGCAAAUUAAACCUCUAUAAAUAAUUACGUAAACAUCAUGCUCUUUAGUUAAUAAAUGUAAAUUUAUAGGCUAAGUGGUUAGUUUCAUUUAUAUGGGUUUAUUUCAUGGUCUAAUAUUCCCUCCGCUCCUAAAAGAUCCAUAUUCUAGUAAAAACUUUUGUUUCAAAAAGAUAUAUAUUUUAUAUUUUUAAUGUAAUUUUUGUUAACUAAUAAUGAGAAAUUGUGAAGUUCAAGAAUAUUAAUUGCAUUUUUUAAAAUUUUAUUGGUUUAAAAAUAUAAGAAAUAUAAAAUUACAAAAAACUAUGCAUUUAUAACUAAAUUUUAAUAUAUUUUAUUAAAAAGUGUGAAAAUUUUAAAACAUAGAUCUUUUAAGAAUGGAGGGAGUAGCAUGUAGUCAUUGUAUCUGUGAAAUACUAUGCUCAGUCACAAUAAUCGGCGGCUAAGGAAACGUAGCACACACUUAAAGCCUACUUUGUGAUUUGUAGUCACAUCCCUCUGUUAUUUUAUAAAAAGAUCUAAGUUAAUCACUCAAAAGUACACAUUUAUUUACUUUCUGAGUUAACUAUCUUAAACACACACAUUUGUGAAAAAUCCAGUUAUUCCAAUUUUGUUUGAAUGCUAAUUUGAGACAACAAAUAAGUAUUUGUUACUUAAUAAAUUUAUAUUUUCUACGAACUAGUACAGCCCAAACCAACUAAAACUUUCUUUAUGAAAUUGUGCAGAAGCCAUAUAGAGAUGGAGAAGAAAUUUAAAGUGUGGGUGUAUAGAGAAGGAGAGAUACCGUUAGUGCACAUGGGUCCAAUGAACAGCAUCUAUAGCAUAGAAGGCCAGUUCAUGGACGAGAUCGAGAGAGCUAUGAGCCCAUUCGCGGCUAGCCACCCGGACGAGGCUCACACCUUCCUCAUUCCCGUAAGCAUCGCCAACGUCGUUCAUUACUUAUACCGGCCGCUCGUGACCUACUCCAGAAAACAACUUCACAAUGUGUUUCUUGACUACGUCAAUGUCGUGGCUCACAAGUAUCCUUAUUGGAAUAGAAGCCACGGAGCCGACCAUUUCUUCGUUUCUUGCCAUGAUUGGGCACCAGACGUCUCAGGAUCGAACCCUGAAAUGUUGAAAAACAUGAUAAGAGUCCUAUGCAACGCCAACACAUCAGAAGGUUUCAUGCCCCAACGAGAUGUCUCAAUCCCGGAGAUCAACAUCCCCGGGGGCCACCUAGGCCCACCUCACUUAUCCAGCUCUUCCGGCCAUGACCGGCCCAUCCUUGCUUUCUUCGCAGGCGGCUCACACGGUUACAUCCGCAAGAUUCUACUAAAGCACUGGAAAGACAAAGACGAGGAGGUCCAAGUCCACGAGUAUUUACCCAAAAACCAAGACUACUUCAAACUCAUGUCCAAGGCAAGGUUCUGUCUCUGUCCUAGCGGCUACGAAGUGGCUAGCCCUAGGAUCGUUGCAUCCAUUAACUUAGGCUGCGUCCCAGUCAUCAUCUCUGAUCACUACGCAUUGCCCUUCUCAGACGUUCUUGAUUGGAGUAAGUUCACCAUUCAUAUCCCUUCUGAGAAGAUCCCGGAGAUUAAAACCAUACUAAAGAACGUGUCAGGGAGACGCUACUUGGUGUUGCAGAGAAGAGUCUUGCAGGUACAGAGACAUUUCGUUAUCAAUAGACCGUCUCAACCGUUUGACAUGCUUAGGAUGCUUUUUCACUCCGUCUGGUUGAGAAGGCUAAACAUUGGGUUGCAUUUGUGAUUUUACAUACUCUGUUUUUUUUUAAGAUUCUUUAGGGAUUAAAUAUUGGUAUACAACGAAAAGGUAAACAUUUAAAUUAC